AUGGAUGAUCCAACAACGAAAACCCAUCAGUAUGAGUUCAAACUCCUGCCUGGGUUCUUCGUGGACUAUUUUGAUAUCGCCAGUCAGAGUCCAGGUUCAAAAGUGAUCACCCAGCCGAGCUUUGGCCUUAUUGAUCAACACUAUGGUGGACCAGAGGAAGGUCAGUCUGAUGGAGAAUGCAGGAAGCCAUGGGAGCGCUUCGCCGCGUGCGUUAACCUAUUGAACAACGAAAGUCCAGACAACGUCACCUACAAGGUCCUAUACCUAACCAGGCAUGGCCUUGGUGUUCACAAUGUUUUUCAGACGAAGGUUGGACAGGACGCUUGGAAUAACCACUGGUCUCGCCUCGAUGGAGACGAUACCGUGUCUUGGGUAGAUGCGAAGCUAACAGACGCCGGCAUUCAACAAGCUGAAGAGCUGAGCCAAUUCUGGAUGGACGCUGCGGUUAAGAAAAAGGUGCCGCUUCCAGAUACGCUCUACACGAGCCCCUUGACGCGAUGUCUAGAAACUACUAAGCUUGUUUUCGCCAAACCCAUGGAAGAAUUAGGGGGUCAAUUUCGUCCCACAGUGAAGGAGCUGUUGAGAGAGAGACUAACAAAUCACACGUGCGACAAGAGAAGUACUAGAAGUUGUAUCGCAAGCCAAUAUCCUUCCUAUGUAAUUGAGCCUGGGUUUUCGGAGCAAGAUUUCCUAUGGAGAUCAGAUCACACGGAAUCUUUAGAUGAGCACGUUGCCAGGAAGCAGAGGGUUCUCGAAGAGAUUUUUUCCGAGGAUCCUAGCCAGUUUGUCUCUUUUACCGUCCAUUCAUAUGCGAUUUCGGCGAUUCUCAAGGUUUGUGGGUCUGAGAAGUUCAGAGUUCGUGAAGGUUCAACAAUUGCUUUACUAGUACGUGGAGAGAGGGUUGGUCUACUCUAA